UCCAAUUUCCAAGAUGGACGCAACAAUCAACUCAAAAAGCUCAACUGUUCUGGAAACACUGAAAGAAGAUUCAACAUUUGAAAAAUUUCUUGGGAGAGAUUUUGAUGCCAAAGGUUAUGCAAACAGUGUGAUCGAAAAUCGUGCUAUUGGAGAGUGUUUGGAAAAGUUAGCAGAUGGUGUACGAUUGUUAGAUAAAGAAUUGCAUUCACAGGUUGUAACACGUCAUGAAGAUCUUUUGCAACAAGCAACUGGUAUAGAAACACUUGAAGGUGUUUUACAAAUGAUGACUUCAAGAAUAACUUCUCUACAACUUUCAAUUGAGAGAAUCCAUCAACAAAUAAGUGAACCUUAUGAAAAAAUCAGAACAAGAACGUCACAACUUCGACGACUUCAGACAACUUGUGACCUGCUAAGAAGAGUGAUCAGAAUAAGUUAUCUUACUAAACGUUUGGAAAGUCAACUCAAAGGAGGAGUAAAAGAAACAACAAAAGCAGCGCAAAGUCUCAGUGAAUUAGGUUAUUUAAUGGAUGGUGUGGAUUUAUCUGGUAUAGAGGUUUUAGAAAAAGAUAUUGAUUGGAUUAAAAAUGCAAGGAAAGAAGUGACAACACAAGCGCAAAAUAUGUUAACUCAAGGCAUGGAAACUCAGAAUCAAACCCAAGUGGCCACAGCCCUUCAAGUAUUUCACAAUCUUGGAUCUUUACAACAAACUGUUGAAACUUUUGUUCAAUCCUUAAGAGAGGAUCUCAAGUCAACUAUAGCUAAUACAUUAGAUAUUCAGAAUUUGAUGUAUGGACAAAAUAGUAACUCAACUCCAGGUCGUGCUGCAGUACCCGCCCCAGGCAACACGGCCAUGUGGAGAGCUACUCUCUGGACUGGUAUGGAAAAACUAAUGGAUAAAAUUUGCAGUUGUUGUGGAAAGGUUCAUCAUCUUUUUAAAGUUUUGUCAAAGAAAAGAGACCCAGUUUCUCAUGUAUGUUUCAUGCAAGAGGUUUUGAAGGAAAGAAAGAGAAGCAGUGUUUUAACAUUCUGGGAGUCGAUCACUGUUACAUUACGAGAGGAAUUUAUAGGAGCUGCUCAAAAGUCGCCAUUUCUUAAACAAGCAUUUGAAGGCGAAUAUCCCAAGUUACUUCGCCUGUCCAAUGAGCUGUGGACUCGUCUUCAGCAGUUUGCGAGCACAGGAAAUGCAGUUAGUAAUGUCUAUACUGGUGGUGUUGCUGAUGUUGUUUAUGGCCUCUUUCAUUUAUAUCACGACAACUCUGCAAGUCCAGAGGAUUUUCUCAAGAAUUCUUUAUCAAGUUUUGAGAAUGCGUAUUUAUCACGAUCACUCUCGCGUCUCUUUGAUCCUAUCAACCUGGUGUUUCCCGCUGGUGCUCAGGCCCCACCAUCAAAAGACGAGGUCGCAGGAAUUGUAAAGACGAUUGCAAGUGAACUAAAUGUUGCAAAUGUAGACACGGGUCUGAGUAUUUCUGUGUCUCGUAAUGUCGAGAAGACAAUUCAGUUAUAUACAGCAAAGUCUGAACAACUGCUGGUCACAAGUUCAGACGCUUAUGAAAUAGAAAUUGAAGUUAGUGGAGCACAACAAAAGAAUGCCGUUAUUGUUAACAUGCUUUACGAAAUGCACCAAGCAACAACUAAGAUACUUGACAACGUAUCAUUCCCCAAGAAUGCCAAGACGAAUAUCUCAAUAGCUCUAAAGGCUUUAACUUCAUUGAUAGAAACGGCUGUCGAACCAUUAUUGUUGUCAACCCAGAGAAGAAUGGAGGAGAUUGUCUACAAAAUACACUCUGAGGAUUUUUCAAGCGCUCAAUUAUCCGUUAAUAUCUCUGAUACCCCUGAAGCACCCUGUUCAUCCUACAUUAACGAGCUUCAGGAUUUCAUAAAUCAUGUGAACAGAAACCUUUUUUCCUUGUAUAAUUGUGGAGAUUUUCUUGUCAACAGGCUAAAUUCCCUCGCUGCACGCAUUUUGCACGUGUUUGUUCGUCACGUGAGUUUGUUACGAGAAUUGGGCGAAGGAGGCAAGUUACGAUUGGCUGCUGACAUGGCGCAGAUCGAGUUUGCUGUUGGUCCUCUGUGUCGUCGUGUUUCUGAUUUGGGCAAAUCUUAUAAAUUACUCAGAUCUUUCAGACCAUUAUUAUUCCAGACAGCAGAAGAUAUAUCCAACAAUCCAGCUUUGGGUGAAAGUCUUCCUUAUUCAUUUGUUCUUCAUCAUUUGUUCUCUCACGGACCUUCAGACCUUAGAUCACCUCAUGAGGUGAAAGGCUGGUCACUAAAUUAUUAUAGUCAAUGGCUGGAUACACACGAGUCAGAAAAGGAGAGAUUGGCGCUAAUAAGUGCUUCGCUGGAGGUAUAUGUACAGUCAGUCCGUUCUCGAGGCGAGAGGGAAUUUGCAACGGUUUAUCCAAUUCUACUCAAGGUCCUGCAGUCUGUAUCAACGUGAAGGGUAUGCGGUACUGUAAGUUAAUCAGUCUAUUAUGAGUUGUCAGUCGUUUUGUGGACGAUGACCAGGGAAAGGGAAACAAGAAAAAGCUGUCUGUGGCAAAUGCUCACCUGUAGAUAAAAUCACCAUGCAUGACUGUCUAUAGACAGUCUGUCAUGUGGAGACAGUUACCAUGUGCCUGGUCAGUAAGACUGUAACCAUGUAGAGGCAGUUACCAUGUGCAGUGGUCAGUAACCAUGUGCAGACUUUCUCCAUGUGGCUGGUCAGUCAACAUGUGGAAACAGUGUGUCUAGACAGUCGCUAUAAUUUUAUACGCCUGGACAAUGCAACGCAUUUGUUUGUUACUCUUCAAUGACGCAAUACUUUAUUACAUGAAUGACAGAUUCUGGACUCCAUAAAAAGGAAACAGAAUCUGCUGUAUCAAAUAUACAUAUCACCUUUUAGAAUAGAAAUAUUCUCGCAGUUUACGAUCGAUCAAAUUCUUUGCAAUAUUCGACAACAAAUCGUGGGAUUUUUAUAUUUCAUGGCAUCAGUGCAAGACCUUUUUAUCCGAAUAUUCUCUCUAGUUGUGCCUUCUGGUUCGGCCGCUAAAAUGCAAAUGUGGUUUUCAUAGAAAAACGAGAGAGUUUUAAAAUUUAGAAAUACGUGCUAUUUUUAGUAAAAUAUUCAAAAUUAUAAGCACUUGAUGAAGUGAAAAUACCAUCAUGUGAAAUGAAUAUCAGGUGUUUUGAUCUCUCCCCUAGUGAGUGUAAGUGAGUCUUUCAAGAUACACGUGUAAGUGUUUUUUCAAGUGUUUUUCGGCAAGUUCAAAUCUGUUUUAAGUGCAAGUGUAGACCACCCUCUCAGAGAACAGGGGGUUGAUGCCCUGUUUGGUCAAACUGCCUACCAAAUACUCAAGUGCACUUUCGAAAAACAAGUAUUUUGCUCAUUGUCGCCGUGAGAAAGUUCAUAUUAUUCAUUAUGCUUCUUUAAAAAAACACAAAUACCUUACGUAUAUUCCACUGUAGGUUAAUGAGUAUAGAAAA